UAUUACUGCGAUCUGAAAUAUUCUCCUUCAGAUGGCCGAAGUGUGACAUGGUUUGAACCUACUCCGAGUAAGACAACAUCAGAUCCAGACGAAGUGCUCCCCCCUGGCAUUGUACAGGUUUAUGUAGGAUCUUCUGUCACACUGAACUGGAACUACAGUCUGUCGGCAGGUUUAGGUCUGGGUGGUGUCGUAAGAUUCAAGGGAGAUGCUAUAUUCAGCAUUAGAGCAGAUGGUUCAGCUACUCCUGUUAAUGCUCAAUUUCAGGAACGUUUCAGCGCAACCUCAACUCUUGGAAGAACUUCUCUGAUUAUCUCCGCUGUGAAUGUUUCUGAUGAUAAGUUUUUUGGAGAAUUUAGGUGUGAGUUGUUGGACUCCAACAGUAAUCCUUGGAAACGAGCAAUUCAAGUGCAAGUCUUAGGUAAGCUUGAAAGUGUUGCUGACUAUAAGAAAGGCGUAAUCCUAGCUGAAGUAUACUGUUAACCAGUUCUUCCCUCUGGGCCUAGUUUAAAUGCAGGUAGAUUACUUGAAAGAUUUCAAUUCUUAGCAGGAAAAAACAUCUUAAUCACUUUUAACAAAUUUAUUUAGUUUAUUGGAUUGAUGGUGUUUUAAGUGACCAACCAAACGGUGGACGUGAGACAAUGUUUUUUGUUAAUGGUAUAUAUCUAACUUUUAAGUACAAUGAUGCGGUCACAUGUAUAUGUCUUCCAUACCCUUUGAGGUCCCAUGUGAAUCAAACACCCAAAAUGCACAAAAUAAUAGGCUCUAAAUUGGGAUUGCACCUUGAGAUAAUUUUUAAGUAAAAAAAAUAAUUACUGCAUCAGAGGAUAAAGAUAACACUAACUUCCUUCACAUUCUGUUCAACUCAGUAAUCAUAUGAAGUUCUGAUGAGGGUGUUGUAUGUAUUUUGGGACCACAAAGUGGCAAUGAACUUGACCAUUUCAUCAUAUUUUCUUACUUCUAACAUAGGUCUGUCUGUCAGUACUUAUUGGCUACAAUUAUGAGUGAUUUGAUUUGAUAAACCUCACAAGGAUAAAAUUGUGAAAAAAUAGUCAGCCUAAAGAGGAAUCAAGGCAUUAAAAAAUUUUUAAAGGGUUCAAGGUAAAUUCAAAUCCAAAGAGGUGUUGAUUAUUAUAUGCUGGGAAACUUGCAUGUGUAAUUGAGGACAAAAGUCCUUUUACACUCAGUAUGUUUAAAGUUUAUCAGAAAGAUCUUAAUUUACCCACUUAGCAAGCACAGAGUGUAAUUACCUUUGGAAAGCUAGUUACUAACUCAAGAGGAUGUCUCCUCAAGCAAAUAAAUCAGGUAUAAAAUCCUACAGCUGUAAUAAAAUUUCAACAAUUUCAAACAGGAGGGGUAUAUUUUCAAAUCUGUGUAGGCAAUUUUGAAUAUUACUGUCAUUUGCUUUCUGGUUUUCUAUCAAGUUUGCUCAUCAAAUUUUACAGAUAUGUGUUACAUCUGAGGCCAUUGUGGUUGAUAAAUUAUGAAAAUCAGAAAUCCCUCACAUGGUUUUUUGUUUAGUACUGUGAGAGUCUUCAGGUCUAAUUUCAAGGCUGUUAAGUUUUCCAUAUACACCAAUGAUAUGUUUAAAGAAGACACACUUGCAUAAAAACUUCAAUGUGUAAUGAGUGGCAAAAGUCUUACCAUGCUUUACUAAUUUUUUAUUUUUUCAUGUAACUCUCCCUAUUUGAAUGUUGCCUGGUGUUACAAAAUGGUGACCAAUUUCAGGCAAUAGGUUUUUUUGGGGAAGGUAUGACUUGCAAGUAACGUAAUAGAGAUGAAUCACAAGAUUUCUGUUUAUUAUGUUGAUUGGAGGGUUGUCAUCCACCUACUUUUGGCAUUUAUUGUACUGUGUACAUAUUUUUUUUUGCUCCAGAGAUUUUCACAGAUACAAUAUUACACUUUUGGGUGACCAUAGUGAUGUCAAAGUAUUGUUAAGUAUGCCAAUAGAUACACAAAUUAAAGUAUCCUAGGGAGUCCUAGGAGACUCUCCACUAGAUAGUUUCUUAUACUAAACCAUAAUUUGCAGGAACCUACCAAGCAGUUUCACAUGACAAACCAUGGUUCAAUUCCAUUAGACAGCAAUUUUGAUUUCAAGUUUAUAGUGGUUUGAACUGGCUGCAGCAUCACCUCUUGAUGGUUGCUGGUUACAAUCAGGGAGGAUUGUGUAAACCACGAGCCUUCCUCCAUUUCAGCAAUAUUUUUUUGCUAUUCCUCAUGGGAUUUCUUUAAUUUCUUGCUCUUACACCCAACCCCUUGGCUCACAGUCAAGGACUAUUCUCCAUUUGAUCUCUACCCAUUCACAGCCUACUUUUAUAUGCUGAGGUAUAGCAAAGAUCACUACAUGUUACUGAAACUAACCAGGAGAUGUUUCCAGGAUUGAAAUCAAGGACCAUUAUGUUUUGCUGCCAAAACAUUGUGGGAGUCAGUUACAGUGACACACUAUAAUUGGCUAUUCAAGCAUUGGUGGGCUAAAAAAAUUAUUUUAAAAAAAAGAUGUUUUUGUAAAUAGCUCCUGUGAGUCUGAGUCUCAAAAUUAAUUUUUACAGAAUUACUUGUUGGAAACUGCAGUUAAAAUAAUAAUGCUUAGUUUAAGCUGAGAAAAUAAUUCAGAAAAAUUUAGUUGCCUUUUAGUGGUCCAUGAAAUUUUUAAAGGCAGAUAUAUUAAAGCACUUAUAAUGGAUUAUAAUUCAGGGACUCAGUUCUUGUAUAACACAUUUGAAUUUCGUUUGCAUGUGCAAGGUUUGCAAAGAACAUUUAAAAAUCAUGUCAGCAGUAUAUCAGUUUUCCACAUUGCUCAUAUGUCUACAUGCCAUUCAGUUAUCCUUGAAGUUUACUAGUGAUUGUUUGAUUUUUCUUAGUUCCAAUAAAUAUCAGUGGAAUAAGAGGUGAACCAACUGUUCUUGAAGGUGAAAAUUUGCAGUUAAUCUGCAAAGCAUCGAGUCAAGUAGGACCAAACAUCACCUGGACCAAAGAGAAGCCUGGGAACCAAGGAAAUACUCAUGUGGUGCAAGAAGGAAAGGUGCUGACUAUAACAAACAUCAACAGGAUUGAUGCUGGAAAUUAUACCUGUACAGCAUACAAUGGCUUUGGUAAACCAGAGAGCCGAACCACAAAUGUAAAUGUUAUUUGUGAGUAUGCAUUGAAAACAACUUUGACUAAUGUUAAACAGAGAUGUGCUUUCCAUUUAUCUUUUGUGUUUUAAUGUACUUUGCUGUCAAUUACUUGUAUUAAUCAAAACUAUAGCAAAAUUCUUGAACAUGAUUGGAUAUCACUAGCCCGACUCAAGCACAAAUAGGACAGUGUGCACUUCAUGCUUGUAAUUGGAUAGUGUAAUAGGAUAGUUAAGGGACAGAUAACACGUCAUGCCUGCAUAAUUGGACAAUGGGUCAUGAGUGCAGGCUGUUGUUUCACAUUUUGUCUGUCUCAUUUCUUUCUCAAAUUUUGUCAUAGUUUUGAUUAAUUGGUAACAGGGCUUAAAUGUGUCCUCCAAUUCUGUCUGUAAUCAUACUUGUGAUGACCAGAUUUGUUAAUCACCAGUAUGAUUACAGACUGAAUUGGACUCCACCCAGUCCUAUUACCAUUAUUAAUGUUUAGCUAAGUACAUCCAUGAAGGGCUCCAGGCUCAAUUUUUCAUAAAAUUGUAUUUUUAUUAAAUGCACCCCCCAAUAACAACACUUUCCUUUGCCAACUUAAUUGGUAACUUAAAUACCUUCUUUACCUCUGUGUGGAUUAAAAAUGAUUACAGCUUGGAGCACUGCUGUGUUCCGGCAGGUGUUCGCCCACCUCUGUCAAUGUUAAUUUACUCCUCUUAAGAUUAAGAUUAGAUGUUGUGUUAGGAGACUCUAGUGCUCCACAGUCUCAUUAAUUCUAAUUAGAAAAUGUUAAACAAUGUGGUUCAACAUAUCUGGCAAGAUCUCAGCUCAAAGAUUUGAAAUACCACCUCCAUGGUUUUCUGAGUGUCAACAUUAAAAAGUUUUGUCUAAUGAUCGGAACCCAUGAAACUUUUGGUACUAGUAAUUUAUUUAACAGACAUUUAUGAAUGGCAAGAGGAUCACCCAGGUAACAUCUAGACAAUAGCAAUUUCAUUGAAACCACAAUACACAAAGUAGGAGAACAUUUUGCAAACCCAUGUUAUUGAGUUCAGCCAAAAUACAACAAACUAGAUAAAGAAUACCCUCUUGUAUGUAAGUGUGCUGGUGUCUUUAGACCCCUUAGCUAUUGAAGACAAGUCACUCAGAUAUAUCUUUGUGUAGAUGUAGAUGCUGUUUAUUAAUCUGAUUUUUUAUUUUCCAAUUUGAUGUACAGAUCCAGUCAAGGUUGUUAAAUUUCAAACUGAGUAUAUUGUUGAUGUACAACAAAGUUUAACUCUCAACUGUCGAGCAGAAGGAAACCCUCCACCUACUUACACUUGGAUUCCAUGUAAUGACCCAGAACAACUUUGUAACAACAAUAGUCUUGAUAUUUCACAAGUGCUUAACGAUGCCAGCUAUACCUGCAGAGUGGACAAUUUACAUGGACAUGAUACAAAAACUGCCAUUGUUUGUAAGUUGCAUUGUAGUUCUGCUUAUACAGCUGUAGCUUCAUACUAAUACCAACAUGACAUUUUAAUUGGGUUCUAAAAGUUGAACCAGGGACUUAUCUAAAGGAAUACCUGUAUCAAUAGGCAUUUUGAGAAAAUCUAUUAGCAUUGUGCAAGAUUUUUCAGCAUUUGGUAAUUGUGAAUUAUUGGCAUUCUUGGUUCUUAUGACAUAAUGGGAUUGUAUAUGAGUAGAAAAAGAUAGAUUUUAGAGCCAUUAUCCCACUUCACAGACAUUGCAGGAAAUGUGAUUAAUGUAACCAUUGCCAUCACAAGUGAAAACUGCACAGAUGAAAAAUACAACAAAUCAUCAUUACUGAGGAAAUUGGAAGAAGAGGUAACUAUAAUUAAUAAAAUAUUGCCUAUGCUCAGUGUAUUAUUUAAUAUCUAUUUAUUCAUUAAAUACCCCGGUAACUGAAUAUAUGAAAGUCAUGUAUGUGAACUGCAGAUAAAGAUAUGAACAUAAAAGCAAUCUUUGCGGUAAUGAACACUACUGGAACAGUAGUGAAAAUAAGGCCUGAAAUAAAUUCAGGCCUGUAGGGGAUUUGAACCCAUGACCUCUGGAAUACUGGUGCAGAUUAUUCAUCACUUCACGGGUUUAUUUGGAACCAACAUAAUGACCAGCUCCCAGUUGGCUUGUCAGCUCAGUUGGUAAACCAUUAAUUGCCCUGGAAUCGUAGAGGUUAUGGGUUCAAAUCCUGUACAAGCCUAAAUUGUUUUCAGGCCUUAUUUUCACUACUGCUCAAGAAGCAUUCAUUACUGUGAAGAUUCCUUUCAUAUUCAUGUAUUUAUUUAUUAUUAGUUUGUUCAGGGUCAGAGACUGAUGUGCUCACUGUAUAUUGAUUGAAAGGAAAUUUAGCUUCUGGAGAAUGUGUGAAUAAUUUUUUAAAUUCCACAGUGUUUCUUAUGUCUCUAGAUUGCAUUCAGUGUCUUAGAGUUCUUUCAAACCUUAAUUAAAAGGCUUUUCACAAUCUUAUUAUUUAGUGUUUGUUCAUGCUUUGUAUUUAGGGCAAUAAUUGGCUGGGUGCUUUUUUGCAACAAAUAAAAUAUGAAGCAUGUGACUGGAAGAAGAACUUUUUAAUUGAAGUAGCACUUUUAAAGAAACAGACUGACUAGUAUUCUUGGCUGAUUCUUAGAAAAACGGUCAUAUUCAAUUAAAUCAUAGUUAGUAAAUAAUCUUCAAUGUCAUCCUCAUUUUUACUUAUGUACAUGCACAAUACAAGUGUGAUACAUGUACACUAAAAUUUUUAGACAAAUAGUUGAAAUUUUUACUUACAGCUUAAAAGAGCAUUUGCUGGUAAACUUGAUUACAAAAGAGUGCAGUCAAUGAGUGUUAGGUAUGUAAAUUAGUUGCUCAUGUUCCCAAAUUUUAUUUAUUUAUUGUUUUUUACUUUUUUUGUUGUCCGUUUUAUACUUCAUGUCCCCCUAACCGUCACUUGUUUUCUGUUCCAAGGUGUGGAAGUAUAAUUGUUGACCUUGGACUGAAAUUCAACUCCACUACAAAGGAACGAGAUGUUCUCAUAACACUUAAUGACGCUGUUAAAGAUGGAAAGCUGGGAGAGUUUAGUGUGGGUUCUAUAAAAGGGACAAGGCCUAAUGUGAAACCAACAAGUGGAGGUGCUACAUCACCACCUGAUGGGUCCUCGGGGGGUAAGUCCUCCUAACACUCAAUGUAAACGUUUUGCAAGUUGAUUAAUGAAUGGCCUUGCCCUGUACUUGGUUGGAAGGAAUUGAUACUGUAGCAGGUUUUACAGAGAUCUGAAAACUUGGUGUAUAAUGAUAAGAUAACAAUGCCAACAAUAACUACAAUGACAAUAACAGUUGUAACCAAAACUAGAAACUACUAAUUCUAGUAUAUGCGCCAUGCUCGUAAUUGGACAGUGUACUAAGAGAGUGAAUAAAUUGCGUCGUGCCUGUGUAAUUGGACAGUAAUGCUUCAUUUAAUUGUGCGCAUGCUUUUGUUUUGCAUUUCGCUGAGUUAGUUAUUGAUUUUUUUAAUGAAAACAUGUAACCAAUGUUUAAUUUACAUUGAGUGGUUCUCAUAAUCCUUAAAAAAAUAGCAGCCAUGCAAGUUUUCCUCAAAUUAAUCGAGCGUAUUUUUUUGUGAAAUCCUUAGGGCUGCCAUGUGGGACGAGAGAAGGUAAAUUACUAUUCAAAGACAAAUGACUCUGUAAACAUAAAGUAACAAGUCAUUUAAUCCGGUUAAGUACUCUCCAGACACCUAUGCCAUUAAGUUUUCUGAAAAUAUACAAAAUGAUUUACUGUCUAACUGAAUCGAGCUUUAAUUUGUAAGUAGAAGGACACAAUUUUGCUUGUGUUGUAUUCCUCAAUACUGUUGCAUCUUUCUGGUUCAGGGAACAAUUAAACAACUUUAAUGUUAUUGUGUUUUAUAUAUAUUUUUAAUAGACACUUAAAGAUUUAGUGCUUUUCCUUUUUAUUUCUGUUUCAUUUUGUCUAUGCCACCAACCCUUGCCGCGAAAAAGUUAAGAUUUGAUUAUGAACGAUUUUAUGUGUAAGUUUGUGGAUCGAGGAGCAGGUGGAUCUGUUAUUUUAGCCGAAUAUUAAGCUUAAAAGGGUUGGAUAAUUUUUGAUAUGAAUUUUCCUUCUGCUUUUUUUUUAAGCUCUUGCAUAAACAGAAUUUGUGCCCCCCACUUUUUCUGAACAUGCGCGGUAUGGUCUGUUCAGUUCCAUAUCUUUAAUGAACAUUGAGAAGAAGAUAAAUUAAGUUCUUACUGAAUUCCAAAGGUUUCCUAACCAAAACAGGAGUACGGAGGCAGAUCCGUUAUGUUAAAAUCAUUUAAUGUCUUAAGAUCUAGAUGAAGUGAAAAGUGUAUCUGCUAUUUACAAGCUAAAUUAAAGUUGUUACGCUGUUGCAUGGAAUGGUUAAUUAUCGCCUGUGAGGUUUAUAUUUUCGUUUGCAACUAAAUGUCCACCGCAGCCUUUAAUUACAAUCUCAGUGAAAAAAGGGUUCCUUUGUGAAAAAUGAAACUUAAUACAAUUGAAGUUCGACCAAAUUGUUUGGCUUGAGAAGAUACGCUUUCACGUACAAAAAUUUAUCUCAAGUUGAUCACGCUUUGUAGGUACCAUAGGUAUUACUGUUGGUGCUGUAAUUGGAUCAGUUGCUGCACUGGCUGUUGCUGGAAUAUUAGUUUGGUGGACUUGUAGGAAAAAGAGGCGUAACACAAAAGGCACUGAAGGUAAGUGUUGCAUACAUGUCAUGCUCUCAAAUGAACAAUAGUUUUAGAAUCCCAGUAAUAUUUUUCCUUUUUCUAAGACUAGGUACUAGCUUCAGUUCACUUUCCUCUGCAUGAUGAUCUUUAUUCAAGCAUCUUUAUUUUUAGCAGAUAACUUUUGAAUAGUGUAUUGUUAACUAAUAAUUAAUGUUUUGUUAUAUAAUUUGCUGAUAGCUAAUAAAAGUCAAAAGAUCGCGCUUGAAAUUGUUUACUUUAUGACUCAACUUGAUGGGCAUCAAACAGACUUUUCUUUGCUUGUGCGAGAUAAUUUUGUUUGAGGUCAAUUGUUCAUCCAUUAUUUGUUUUGUUUUCCUUUGCUUUUUAUGAUUCUUUGUCUCGUUUUUCCACCACAGAGGUUGCGAUGAGCAGAAGGUGAGAUUUUUGUAUCGAAAUGGUGCUGUUUACUUGCGUUGUUCCUUAUGGCCCAAUCUGUGUAACAAUUUAUCACCCAUACUGUUAUUCACCUGAAUAUCCAAUAAUGAUAGAUCAUGUAAGACACUCGCUAGCCAAAAGGCACUCUUGCGCGGGAGAGAUAUCAUUACAGCAGUUGUAAUAAUUUUCACUUGCACAAUAAUCAACAUCUUAUUGAUCCGUUAACACAAAAAGAAACAAGAACAUCAACUACAAGUGUACUUAUUUUUUUCAUAUAAUGAAAGAUCGCUGCGUGUUACUUCAGGCCCAAGUAAUAGUUUUCCAGGUGUCCCCUAUUAGUAGAGCGAUUUUCCCUUGGCGAUCUCACUUUAUGACAGGUGAAUAUAGGGUCAUUAUUAUCAUUAUCAGUAUUAUUAUUAUCAUCAUCAUUACUAUUACUAUUAUUAUUAUUAUUAUUAUUAUUAUUAUUAUUAUUACUACUAUUGCUAUUGUUCCAAACAUAUUAUUUUCAAUAGACGGGUCUAUGUCUAUAUGGCUGACAAAUCUGUAAAGCCUUCAAAAAGAAAUUUUAAUAAGGUGUCUACAGAAAAAGUCUGUUUUUCCUCGGUCACAGAGACCGGCCACUUUGUGCACAUGAUCCUUUUCUUCUCUGCUAGUUACUCGGGGGAAUGAAACUUUCAGUACUUGAACAUUGCUUUCAAUGAAAUUUGAAGUAGGUGGCUACCUCUGUAAAGCACCCGCCGGAGAAUAUAAUUGUAAACAGUUUCCCUCUCGUUAGCCUAUUAGUUCCCGGCAUUCAGAAUAAACUGGCUUCAAAUGGAGUUUUUUGUGUUAAACUUCGGUAAAUAAUCAUGAAAUAUUUGAAUUUUCUUUGUAACAAUUUUUGCAACUCAUCGUUUUAUUUCUGAUCAAAAUCUUCCAUUCGCUGACAUGCAAACCUGCUCCCUUAGUUUCACACAAAAGUCCUCUGAAAGGAAGGUUACUGUUUACUGAAAUUUGAAUCAGAAUGUUCUUGGAAAUUCUAAAUUUUUUUUCCUAGAAAUUUCGUGUAAGAACGAAAUAAACCAGUACCCAUGAGAACAUAGUCUUCCUCGCUUUUUACCGCAAAUGCAGCUUUUUUGUAACUGAAAGUUAGACGCUAAGUGUUCAAUAGCUGUUUUUGUUCCUUUCUUUGUAAUUAAGCCUCGGGUAAGCGUUUUUUAUGCAAACUUCUAAAAAAUGGACAAGUACGCUAUUUUGUCGAUUCUGACUCUCGAGUUUGUUUUCUAACCAGCAGUUGAGAAGAAUUGUCUAAAAAUAUGUGAUGAUUUUAAUUCACCACAAGGUUGGUUGAGAAUUAUUUAAGUAAACGACAAUGUGCACUUAGCGCUUGAUGAAUUUAUGUUAAAUAUGCGAAACAAGCAGAAAAAGAAAAUUCCCAGUCAAAGAAUGAAUCUAAAAAUCAAAGACCACAGAAUUUGAAAAAUAAGCAAGGUGAAUAAUCCAAUACUAAAAUUAAUACUGUUUUCUUUGUUACUUAUUAAUUUUUUUUCUUAAAAUUGGACUUGGGCGUGGAAAGUAACCGGCGAUUCACAACAAUUCUUAUCAAGAGUAAUGCGUGAAUGUAGAGAAUGCGAAAUCCUCUCUGGAAAUUCAGGGCAAGUCUACUCUAAAGGUCUGACGAUAGCCGAGCCUGCAUCUGUUUUCCAGCUGCGAUUCCAACUGGAAUUAGCUUUCUGGAAAGUUUUUCUGUUAUUUUGGAAUUUUCAGGCUGAGGGGAUUGAUAUUGUUGCGUUCGACGAAGCAGAACGCAUGCUUUUCGUGUCAUUUUUCUGGAAAUCACUCUCAAGGGUUUUAUGGACCAGUCACAAGGGGAUCAGUCGUGAUGCUAUGCGAUUUCAGGAAUUGGGCGCCAUUUUGGACUAUUGCCAUUUGGCACAAAUAGCCUCGAUCUCAUGUGCAAGUGUUUCCCUGGCCGCCUUGAACUGAGGACACCCCUUUUUUUUUCUGCGCAAUCAGUACAAUAAAAAAACUUUUAUUACGGAUCGAACGCACUUUACUAAUCUUUGGUUAUUACUAGUUUUAUAAUAUAUUUGUGUUGUCGUUUCAGAACAUUUGGAAAUUCAGAUGAUGAAAGAAGAGAAAGUACAAAUGUAGGUCAAACGAUGAAAUCUUUUACCUUGUCUAGAUAUAUCUUCCUGUGGUCUAAGCCGCUUUUUUUCUUAAGUUGCUGCUUUUACUGAGUCUCUUCAUUGGAGUUGAGAGUUUACCCAAACCCAGAAAGUUAAGAUCCACAAGGAAUAUAGGUGGAUUAUUCCUUGAUACAUUAAAAUACGUCAUUCAAGUAAAUACGGGAGUAUUUUAUGAAAUUGAAAACAAUUUUUUUCUAAGAUUGUGGUCGAAUUGCCUAAACCUUUUCAAAGCCAUUACAUGGCACUGGAUGGCAGAGCUCGUUCACAAGUGAUGGCAGAUGCUGGUCCACUCAGCAAUGAACAAAUCAGCGAGUACACUUCCCUUGAUCCAUUCACACGCACCUGUGAGAUUCCUAGAGAACAUGUGACGAUAAAGCAGAUCGUUGGAAAAGGUGCUUUUAGUCUGGUUGCCAAGGCAACAGCCGAUAACCUUCAAGGAAGAACCAAGAAGACGCUCGUAGCUGUUAAAAUGUUGUCAGGUACCAAGUAAUACUGAAAUCAUGUUGUAUUUCAUGGUGUUUGAUCAGACCUGGAGAUCUGUCCAGAUUUUUCUGUUUUCUGUCCUUUUUUUUUCUGUUUUUAGUUGUUUAAGAUUUUAUGUAAAUGAUCCCCCUCAAAUGAUGGUUACAUUUCCGAAACACAGCGCUCUACGUUGAUGAAGAAAAAUUUAAUAAUGGAUCAUAAAUGAGUUCAGACUAUAUCUUUGUGUGCAAGUUUUUAAGUGUGUAGAAAACGAUUUUGAAUCGAAGUGAGAGAAUUUGCUAUCUGAACUUGAAUUGAUGAAAAUUAUUUGUUUUUGAGUUUAGAAAAGCACCUGAAAUAUGAUGUACGGUAGAAAUGGAUGGUAUCUAUCUUCCUAUCUAUCUACCUAUCUGUAUAAUUACCUUUCUAUCUACCUAUCUAUCUAUCUAUCUACCUACCUACCUAUCUAUCUAUCUAUCUACCUAUCUAUCUAUCUAUCUAUCUAUCUAUCUAUCUACCUAUCUAUCUAUCUAUCUAACUAUCUAUCUAUCUAUCUAUCUAUCUAUCUAUCUAUCUAUCUAUCUAUCUAUCUAUCUAUCUACCUACCUACCUACCUAUCUAUCUAUCUACCUAUCUACCUCCUAUCUACCUAUCUAUCUAUCUACCUAUCUAUCUAUCUAUCUACCUACCUAUCUAUCUAUCUACCUAUCUAUCUAUCUAUCUAUCUAUCUAUCUAUCUAUCUACCUAUCUAUCUAUCUAUCUAUCUAUCUAUCUACCUACCUAUCUAUCUAUCUACCUAUCUAUCUACCUACCUACCCAUCUAUCUGUGUAGCUAUCAAUCAAUCAAUCAAUGUAUCUCUUUAUCUGUCUAUGUAUCUAUCGAUCUAACUAUUUAUUUGUUUAUCUAAAUAUUUCUCAAUAUAUCUAUAUCUACCUAUCUAUCUAUCUACCUACCUACUUACCUAUUUAUCAAUCUAUUUAUCUAUCUGUGUAGCUAUCUAUCUAUCUAUCAAUCGAUCAAUCAAUCAGUGUACUUCUUUAUCUAUCUCCCUAUCUGUGUAUCAAUCUAUCAAUCUAUCUAACUAUUCAUCAACUCAUUUAUUUAUCUACAUAUCUUUAUAUCUGUAUACCUGUCUAUGUAUCUAUAUAUCAGUCGGUUUGUUGGAGUGUCUGUCUCUAUCUAGCUAUCUCUCUCUCUCUUUUCAUCUAUUUAUCCAUCUAUCUAUCUAUCUAUCCAUCUAUCAAUCUAUCUAUCAAUCUAUCAAUUUAUCUAUCUAUCUAUCUAUUCACCCAUCUAUCUAUCUACCUAUCUACCUAUCAAUCGUUCUAUUUAUCUAUCAGUGUACUUUUACCCAUAUAAAUGGCAUAGUUGAAUGAUAUGUUUGUGAUUUUAUGUGAAAUGUUAUUUGAAGAUUAUUGAUCGAAAAUUAUGUUGCAGAAAACGCUUCUGAAUCAGAGAAAAAGAAUUUGCUAUCUGAACUUGAAUUGAUGAAACAACUUAAACCUCAUCCUUACGUGAUCAAACUCCUGGGAUGCGUUACCAAAUCUGGUAAGUACUGAAAUGUUUAUUAUCAGCUUGGGACCUAAAGAGACCCUACUUUUCUCACACCCAGAGUUCCGCACAUUGCUCGAAGUGUAAGUUACACUAGGUUAACUUUUGGAAAAUCCUUGACCGACGCUUAACCGACGCUUAAAGCUUGGCCUUAUUCUAUUCUUGCAUGCACUUGUCAGGUCUGGAUAGGGCUUCUCAGACAGCAGAGAAAUAGUCACAUUUUUAUACAGUCCGCUAAAUAGCAGCGUGUGUCUACUCAAUAGCUGAGAUGUAAGAUCAGCAAAAUUUAAUGAUGGGUCAUAAAUGAGUUCAGACUAUACCUUUACGCGCAAGGUUUGCGCGAAUAUUGCGCAUAUGAGCCGCUCCGAUAUAAAUAUAGAGAGCGGGAACCUUUCCAGUAGUAGACCACGAAGGUGAAAGAUGACCUGCCAUCAAGAAAUUUAAAGUUUAAUGCGUAGCAUCGACAUCUUACCCCUUUAUAAUUCAUUUUCCGAUUUUAGAAACUUGUGGCCACCUUGCUUUUAAAAUAAAUUUCAAGGAUUUUAAAUAUUAACGUAUUUACGGUAGUCAAUACCUUAUUUUCUUAUCUUCGUGAAAUGGACGUCGUACUCUUCCAAGUGGCGGCGGCGAUUAUUGGAGGGCGACAUUUAUUCGUAGUUCUGCUUCCAUGUGUGGCGUUUAAUCAGUAUUGGCGUUACCUUGUUUGUCUUUCUAGAGCCACUGUUGGUGUUGAUCGAAUACGUUCCCUUUGGGGAUCUGCUGGGUUACCUGAGAAAGAGCCGUGGAUUAAGUGACACUUACUACAAAGACCCGGAUAUCAAACCACAAACAAAUCUUACUUCUCAGCAGCUGAUAAAGUUUGCUUGGCAAAUCGCCGAUGGAAUGUCUUAUUUGUCAUCGAUACCAGUGAGUGAUGUAACUAUUCUUUGAGUGAUGUCGUUAGAAAAUAAGGCUCACACUCAUUAUACCUCACUUAUUAUUGACUCUUGGACUCCGCAUUCCCAAGGAUGCCAUGUCAUCCCAUGUCAGUUGUCUCUUAGUUCGUUAAAGGGUGUUUUCCAAAAGAAACAUCUUCGCUUUGUUGAAGGUUAUCCAUCGAGAUCUUUCAGCUCGUGAAAUGUGCAAAGUGACGGACUUUGGAAUGGCCAGAGAUGUGCAAGAGGACAACAUUUACGAAAGAAAAACCAGGGUCAGUAUGAAUUAUUUUAAAAAAACACAAUGUUCUUGCAAGCCUUGGAUUAUGUGGCUGAAUAUGCCUCACUGGAGUGAUUGCUUAAAGAAAACAAGCUCAGUAAAUCCUGGUUAGUUUAAAGAACCUUCGUGACACUGUUCUCGCCAUUUGGAGCAUUGGCACUCUUAAGGACUACGCCAACUCCUUGCAUUUUUGCUUCUUAUUUAGGGGCGUCUCCCUGUAAAAUGGACUGCCAUCGAGGCGUUGCUUUACGGAAAGUACUCUACCAAGAGUGAUGUGUGAGUACAAUGAAGACAUGGGCACUGCAUAUAGGCUUAAUGAGAUUGUUUUGUAUGAAUUGUUUUCGAGUCUGGGAAAAGUUAUUGGGUCAUUACUGUAUUCUGGUCUUUGUAUUUUCUUGAUGUGAGGUCAUCUCAGGAGGGAGUGGUUAUGCUCAUUUUCCUUCAACUCAUCCCGUUUGUUUUACAGGUGGAGCUACGGAAUUCUUCUCUAUGAGAUUUUCACAAUUGGUAAGUUAUUCCGGCUAGUCUGGAGUUUUCAGUUUUGGCCCUGUGUUUCAUAACUACCAAGCUGGUUCAGAUUGCCACAGUCCCUGGACUUGACCGGAAGAAUUAAUGACCAAUGAUACAAAAAUGAAUCGUAAUUUGAAAAUAUUUUUACAUAUGUAAAGAUUUUCAUUUUAGAAUAUGUUAACAUUACCUACUCCAAUUCAGGUGGUUCACCGUAUUCACGAAUGGAUGGAAGAAAAAUUGCAAACUUACUUCAAGAGGGAUACAGAAUGCCUAAACCACAACAUGUGGAUGAUAAGUUGUAUGUUAAUAUGAUGUUGCUAUUGUUGGUUUUUUGGUUUUUCUUGUUGUUUGUCCUGCUUUUGUUCGGGUUGCAUGUGCACCUCCAGAUUUAACAUUUUUACUUGUUGAACCAGCCUAACGAAGGGAAAUGAAAGGAGUACAUUAUCACGAGUUUAUAACUGUGUUAUAUACCUUUUCUACUUUGUUAUAAAAGAGAGGAAAUUUGCGACCAAAAAAGCUUGUUCAUCGAGAAUAGGUUGGACCGUUUCUAAGCCACCAAUGACAUACCGAGAUAUUCAUAACAUCCUUGUGUUUCAGGUAUGAAAUAAUGACGAAAUGUUGGAGAGACGAACCUAACUUGAGACCAUCUUUUGAGAAGUUGAGAAACAAACUCAGAGAGAUGGAAAACCAGCACAAGGUAGAA